AUGGGUGUAGUCUUCAAAGACACACCAUUCCUGUCUAAUCAGAGCUGCAAAUCAGUGUGCCCUUUAGCUAUUGCUAAUUGUAAGGAAGACAGGUAUGUUGUAUUUAAAUUUGAUUCAUUAGUAAAAUAGUUAUUUGUUUCCAAAGUAACUAGUUUUGUUAGCGAAAAUUUUUAUUGUACCUUUUUGACCGUGUAAUUUUUGGUUGUCGACCAAAGUUAUACAUGCAAGCUGAAAAAAUUUGUGGAUUUACAACAAAUUUAUUAUAUGAGGCCUAAAGGCCCCAAAAUAAACGAUCAUUUUUGAAAAUUUUACCACAAAGGUCCUUAUUUAUUAGUGGGCCACUCAAACCCGACCUUAUGUUUUCUUUUUAUAGGGAAAACCUAAAAAAGCUGAUUGUUAAUGUCAACAAACAAAAGGAUGCGCUAAAGAAGAAUGGAAUCACAGUGGAUGGAGUGCAUUAUGCUGUGAGAUUUAAAGGUAAGUUUCACAUAAUAAUUAAUAACGUAUUUUUUAGUACCAUAAUUUUCAAUCCAAAUGCCUGCAUGUACAUUGACGUCUUUUUAAAAAUAAUUAUAUAUCUACAGCUGUACAGUUGUACUUGACCUGCAGGCCCUCUAUCUUUUGCUGGAACAAACAGGGAAAGCAAUCUUUCAGCUUGGGAAAUGA